GGCCGCCAUGUCGUUUUCCGACCCCCGGAGCGCCCCGCGGCUGCCCAGCGGCUUCGAGGAGGUGCUGCAGGGGAUGGCCCGGGAGGUGCUGAGGGCGCAGCCCGACGACGUGCUGGGCUUCAUCACCCGCUACUUCCAGGCGCUGCUGGCUGAGAGGGAGCAGAGCUCCGCUGCCCAAAGGGCCGAGGACGGGGCGGCUGAGGGUGAGGAGGCCGAGGCGGGGCUGUUGGAGGCCGAGGCGGCGCGGAGCAGCGGUGCUGUGGGCGGCGCGGUGAUGGAGCGCCAGCGCAGCCUUCGUGAUGAAGACCCGAGCGCUGCUUUCCUGACCUCUCAAGAAGAAGCUGCUACCAAAAUCCAGGCCGCGUUCCGGGGCUACUGCACGCGGAGGGGGCUGCGCAGAGCCUUCUCGGAGCCCUCCCACGCCUGCCCGGCGUUGGGCCCCCCGGGCACCCCAUAACCGGGGCGGCUCCGCCGGGACGCAGCCUGAGCGGGCGCCUCCUCCCCCGUUCGGAAACAUCCUGACCCAAAAUGAGGAGCCGCGAUGGAAAAACCUACAUUUCCCUUCCAGGCGGUCUCGCGGGGCAGAAAAUCAUCUCCCACGGUGCCGCCGAGGCACUUGUAUAAUGAGAACUUAAUAAAGUGCCUCCAGUAACGCUC